CUGAAUUUUGUGUUCGUUGUGAUGAAAUAAAUUCGUUGUCAUGAAGUGCAUUGCGUGUUCGCCAAAAAAUCGAACGUUAUGCUGUUCUUAUUACAAGGGGGUUGAAUCUUGAGCUUUUGAUAAUAAAUAAUUCAUAACAAAUGUGCAUUUAAUAAAAUUUCUGGUUGUAUUGCCGUCCUUGCGAAUUGAUUUAAUUUCCUAAAAUCGUACUAUGCCAGCCAUUUUGUUUCGUUUUCGUUUUUAGUACACAUACGUAGGUUAAUGUCAUUCAUGAUUUGCUAUUUAUCUCUUUCUCGCUUUUGUGUAGCACGUUGAUAUUUGUACUUCGAUAAGUGAGAUCGUUAUAUGUCGGAAGUUGUUCGAAAAUUGUAUAUUUGACGGUUUGCAAACGCGCGUCUCGAUCAUAACGCGUACGUGCUGAAAAUUGCAAAAAUAUAUGGUAAAAAUUGUGAAAAUAAAUUGGAAUUUAUGAAAAAAGCAUAAUUAAACGCUUGCUUCAGCGUUGGCUUGUGGAAUUUGGUGAGUGCGGCAAAGUGCACAGCAUCGUUAAUUUGCCAUCAACAAUGUGUUAAAAAUUCAUAACAAUUGCUAAGUUCGUAGAUGAAAAAUCGAAUUUAAAAGAAUAUAUGAAGAUAAAAAUAUUAACUCAACAUCGGAGUAGCCGAUAAAUUAUAGUAAAAGCAUAACAAAUUAUAUAUAGGUGAACAGCACUCAUCCCGCAGCAAUUUGGAUCGGAAUUGUGAAAACAGUUUUAAUGCUCCAGAAUUGACUUGGCCUGCAUGACCACAUGCAGCUUAAUAAGAAACCUCCAAUCGAUUACACAAAAAUUUUGUAAUUGCACAAGUAUAUAUUUAGUGAAAAACAGAACGAAAACAGUGGUGGGAAAAUGUGCAGUUCGUCGAGCUGAUCCCGAAUACUACUUCUGUUGCUCUAAAUGUGUGUUGUUCCUUUUGCCAUAAGAUGCGGCGGCCAAUAACAACAGCAGCAACAAUAAUCACAAAAGUAGUAGCCAAAUCAAGUAGUAGUUCACUAUUUCAAGCAUCGGAAGGUUCGAGAGCUACAUUUAAACUACUCUACUACCAUAACACUAGACUGCAAAAAAGGAUUUGAGGAAGUUUUAAUUGCGCUCGCGAUUGCAAGAAAUCGAAGCGAGAAAGGCAGUAGGUGAAAGGGGAAGUACUUUGUAUACUGAAAAAUUAAAAUUGAAGCGAGCGGCUGAUUUUUAGAGCUUAUUUGAGUCUCUUACACUAAUAAACACGCCACCAACUUCACCUAGUGGUUAUCAAUAAAAGCCGUAGCCUCGUCCCCUUAAAAAAGUGUGUCUUCGUAUUCACUUCAACAUAAUUUUAUAAAGAGAUAUAAAAAACACGAGAGCUUCACUGCGCAAAGAAGCGUCUAACAAUCUUGAAACACAUGCGCCCAUAUGACCUUAAAGCGUAAUCUGUUCCAGUUAUUUAUUUUGAAAUCACGCUCCAGCCAUUAAUAAUAUCCCUACGCGAGUAUUAUCAUAUAAUCAUUUUGCUGAUUUCUAACAGUGUGCGCAGUGUAGUGUAGUAGAAAAAAGCGAAAAUGUCGCAGGAACCACCACCACGCGACGAGCCGUAUGUGGAGCCGGUUAACGGCAUCGUACAGCCUCCGACCAUACCUCCACCCGAUCGACCCGGUCGCAAUACAAACCAACUUCAGUAUCUCAUCAAAACCGUGAUGAAAGCAAUUUGGAAACAUCAUUUCUCUUGGCCAUUCCAGCAGCCGGUCGAUGCGAAAAAAUUAAACCUGCCCGAUUACCAUAAGAUCAUAACACAUCCCAUGGACAUGGGUACGAUUAAGAAACGUCUUGAAAAUAAUUACUAUUGGUCAGCUAAAGAAGCGAUACAAGAUUUUAAUACAAUGUUUACCAAUUGUUACGUAUAUAAUAAACCUGGUGAGGAUGUGGUUGUUAUGGCGCAGACGCUAGAAAAGGUCUUCCUGCAGAAAAUCGAAGCUAUGCCCAAGGAGGAAAUCGAGUUGGAGCCAGUGACACCGAAGGGUGGCAAAAAGAAACCACGUCCACCGGGUAAACCGGCCACACCUAGCUCAGCUUUACUACAUACACCUGUUGCCGGUGCGGCAGCGGCAUCUGCAGCUGCAUCAGCAGCUACAGGCGGGACUCCACGUGCGCCUGCACGCCCCCACUCUGCGUUGAGCAGCACAGUCUCAUCGACGGGCGGCACUACGGCCCCAACUACACCCGCCAUUCCGCCAAUUGGCACUGUGCCACCACAAACAGUGCCCGGCAGCACAAAUACAACAACUACCGCUAUAGCUGGCGGUGGGGGCGCAGCUUUAGCUGGUGCCGGGGCCACAGUACUACCUACCGGUGGCAUAUUGCCGGCCGGGAGUGUGGCAAGCGGUUCUUUGGUUGGUGCUGGUGCCGCCCUGGCGGCGUCCGUAAAUGCGGCCGGUGCAGUUAAUUCAUCGCUACUCGAUGCCAGUGGUGGUGGCGUGAAUACUGCGAGCGGAGGUGGUGCACCCAACUCAGCAGCAGCCGUAGCAGCAGCAGCCGCUGCUGCCGCAGUCUCCGCGUAUCAUCACAGCAGCGUAAAUAGCACAGCCGAUGCGGUAAUACCGCCACAACAGCCGGCGAAAAUGAAGAAGGGUGUGAAGCGAAAGGCCGACACAACGACGCCGACAGCGAAUUCAUUUGAAAUGCCACCUUAUGCGCAAAUCGAUUCCAAGAGCGCCAAAAUUGCAACCAGACGCGAAUCCAGUCGACAGGUAAUGAAUAAAAAGGAUCUUACAUUCCAAGGAUCCGCUUAUCCUAUGUCACCAAUGGCCGUCGCCAGCAUGGCGCCCGGCGGUUUGGGCGUUGCCGGAGGGGCAAGUGGUGGCGUGCCAGGCGCUGUUAAAAAUAAGGAGAAACUCUCCGACGCACUCAAAUCUUGUAAUGAAAUUCUCAAAGAGCUGUUUUCCAAGAAGCACUCCGGAUACGCUUGGCCUUUCUACAAGCCUGUCGAUGCGGAGCUAUUGGGGCUACACGACUACCACGACAUUAUCAAGAAACCAAUGGAUCUUGGCACAGUGAAGCGAAAAAUGGACAAUCGUGAAUACAAGAGCGCGCCCGAGUUUGCCGCCGAUGUGCGAUUAAUAUUCACCAACUGCUAUAAAUACAACCCGCCAGAUCACGAUGUUGUUGCCAUGGGACGCAAGCUGCAGGACGUCUUUGAAAUGCGCUACGCCAAUAUACCCGACGAACCAGUGGCAAACGCGCACGCGGCCGCGGCAGCUGCUGCCCACCAUGCAUUUUCCACUACAUCGAAACGUGGCGGUGGCGGUGGAGGUGGUGGCGGCGGCGGUGGCGAUGCCAGCGACUCAUCUUCGGAUGAGUCUUCUGACACCGAGAACGAAUCAAAUUCGGAUGAGGAGCGCAAUGCGAAACUAAAGCUGCUGGAAGCAAAGUUGCUUGACCUGCAAGAAGAGAUGCGCAAACUAAUGGAAGAAGCCUCCAACAAAAAGAAAGCCAAGAAAAAGUUGAAAGAAAAGAAGAAGGGUGGCGCAGGUGUUGGUGUUGGCGCUGCAUUGGCUAGUGUGGGCGGUGCUCAUGGCCCAGCGGGUGGAGUUGGCGUUGUGGGUUCCGGUGUGGGCGUGAAUGCAGCAUUGACAGCAGGUGCGAAUCUGCAUGGAACCGACUUGGCCGCUGCCAUGGCGAUGGGUCAACUGGGGCCUGGACCGGUGGGUGCCAAGGGAGCGCCGUUAGCUGCAGGCUUGACGGGCACGACGGCGGGUGCUGCAGCUAGUGGUGGUAAAGGUAACAAAGUGAAGGGUCAGCGUGGCCCGAAAGCUGGUGCGGCCGGUGGUGGUGCACCAGGCGCUGGUGGCGCUGCAGGCGCAAACAAGCGAACGAAGGGUGGAGCAGCUACAGCAAACGCCGGCGGUGGUGGGGUGGCAGGCGGUGCAAGUGGCACGACUGCGCGCGGUACCAACAAGAAGAAGCCAAGUCAGGUGAUGAACUUCGAUUCGGAAGAGGAAGAUACCGCCAAGCCGAUGUCAUAUGACGAAAAGCGACAGCUAUCGUUAGAUAUUAAUAAACUGCCAGGCGACAAGCUUGGACGUGUUGUGCAUAUAAUACAAAAUCGCGAACCUUCACUGCGUGACUCCAAUCCAGACGAGAUCGAAAUCGAUUUCGAAACUUUGAAACCGUCAACGCUGCGAGAACUGGAAAGCUAUGUGGCAUCCUGUCUACGCAAAAAAACUCGUAAGCCCUACUAUAAAAAGCCGUCUGGCAAAUCUAAAGAUGAACAAAUGGCGGAGAAAAAACAGGAAUUGGAGAAACGAUUACAGGAUGUCACCGGUCAAUUGGGUACCAGCAAGAAAACAGCCAAAAAAGACGAAUCAUCAUCGAAUAAAGUGGAAGCGGUACCGCCCACGAAUCGCCUCUCAUCCAGUUCCAGUUCCAGCGAUUCAUCAUCGUCCAGUUCAAGCGAUAGCAGUUCCAGCGAUUCGAGUGAUAGCGAAGCAGGUGAUAUUGAUAGUCGUCCACCGAGGAAGAAGAAAUCCCGCGAUUCAAGUGGCAGCAAUAAUGUAAAUAAUCCAACUGUAACACCAGCUAGCGUAGGCCUGGCAUCAGCUACGACUGUUAGUAGCGUUGGCGGCAAUCCCGCAACUUCAACCUCAAUUUCGUCCACAAUAGCCACCACACAACAAUCAGCAAACACAACGCAAACGCCACAGCAACAACAAACGACAAUGGCUGGAUUGCCUGCUACUGCGCCAACAACACAAAGUACCAAUAGUUUGGCGCCUCCUAUGACCACACCCACAUCACAGCUGAACGCUAUCAGUAGUGGAGCACAAAUGAGUGUUACACCCACAACAGCGGCAACGACGCUUGCAGGUGCUGCGACGGAUCCAGCCAUGUCUACUGUUGCCCUACAUAAUAACAAUAAUAGCACCAAAACGUCACUCACACCGACUUCGGUUGGUAGUGGACUGAAUGCCACUGCCGGCGCCACCACCAUUACCACAGCGGCUACUACGGCAGCUGCAACACCAAUAAGUAACAGCAGCACCACCGGUAGCGCCGUUGGCAGCAACGGUCCCAAUGAUUUAACAAUGUCGACGGUAUCCAGUGCUGCCGCUCUGCUCGCCUCAUCUGCAAGCGUAGUGUCGUUGACCGGCUCACUACUUGCCACAUCACAAACGAACAGCAGUAGUAUUGGCGGUAGUAGCACCACAGCUACCACAAAUAUUGGUGGCAUACGCGUUGCCAGCAAUUUACACAAACUGCCACCGACGUCGAUGGAUGUCGCUGAUGCGUCUGGCGUUGGCGGUUCGGGCAUUGGUACACUUCCUUCGGGUGUGCCUAAUGCGAGUAUCGGCUCAACGAUUGGCGGUUUGCAUCCGCCUGCUGCCGUUGUGACCGCGCCUUCGUCUGUCGCAUCGGUACCUUCCUCGGCGGCGUCGUCUCUGCUGACUGCUGGUCUCAAGCAAAUUCCACAAUUUGAUGAUCCCGUUGAACAGUCACUGGCAUCGCUGGAACAGCCUUUACUCUCCACAGCCUCAGGCAAGGGCGUUGCUGACAACUUCCUCAUGAACGCGCAUCUGAUGCAGCAACAGCAGCAGCAACAACAACAGCCUCAGGCACUCACGCAUGUUAACCAUGGACAAAAUGCGUCGGCGCAACAGGCGUUUGGUACUUUGCAGCAGUCGCAACAGCAACAACAGGCGGCGCAGCACCCGCACACCGGCAACCAUCAUCACAUGGAGCUUAUGUCGGAGCUGUUGUCGAAAGGCGCCGCGGAAAACGUGUCUGGCAUGAAUGGCAAUCAUUUUCCGUUGAUGCAACUUGGUCUAGGCGAGGGACUUAAUAAUCGCAUCAGCACUAUGGCGGCAGCAGUGGCCGCGCAACAGCUGCAACAGGCCAUGGCACACCAGCAACAACAACACCACCAACAGCAACAGCAACACGCGCACAAUAACGGUUACAACAGCGCCGCAGAUCGAGCGUUAGACAGUCUGGCGUUGGCUGGUUUGGGAUUGUCUCAUGCCGGUGGCGCCGGCACUGGUUCAAUUUUUGAACAGUUGCCUUCCAUGGGAGGGAGUCACAAUGACUUUCUCGCCGCCAUGAUGAUGGGCAGCGGGGCACCCAUGCCUGGUAAUUUGUCGUUGCCCAGCAAGAAAGAUGCCGCAAAUACACUCGGCUUAAGUGACCAUCAGGUGGCUCAGCAAUUGCUGCAGUCGCAACCACCACUACAGCCCAAUAAGCUAUUGAUUACACCUAAGCCCAUCGAAUCGAUGAUGCCUAGUCCGCCGGAGAAGAAGCAACAUCAGCAAGCGCAGCAAGUUGUGCCGCCACAACAAUCUCCAUCUGAUCUGAAGAUACCAACUUCGGCCAGUCUGAGCGGCGCUAGCGCUUUAGGCUCAAAUCAAACGAAUUUUGCGCAAGCUUUCAAAUCGGCGCACGAACAGAACCUAAAAAACGCCAGCUCAUGGUCAUCACUAGCAUCGGCCAGUUCGCCGCAGAAUACGCCCACUUCAAACAAACCGAAACCCGCCAUGGACUCGUUCCAACAAUUCCGCAAUAAAGCCAAAGAAAAGGCCGAUCGCCUGAAGUUGCUGGAGGCGGCCGAGAAGGAGCAGAAGCGCCAAAAGGAGGCCGCUGAGAAAGAGCAGCAACGCAAGCAGCACCACAAACAACCCGUAGGCGUAAUUGGCGUGGGUGGCGGUGUAACGGGUAAUGGUAACAGCGGGAGCGGCGUUGCAGGUGCCAAUGUUAUAGGUGUUGGUGUAGGUGCUGGAGGCAGUGUGGGUGGUGCCAGUGGAGCGGCAGGUGGCGGUGGUGGGGCUGGGCAUCACUCAUCCGCUUCGGCAGCGUCGCUUUCACAGUCUGCGCAUGCGCACGGACAUUCACAUGGACACAUCAGCCACGGUCAUGGACAUGCGGUAAGCAGCAGCGGAGGCGGGCAUAUGCAUUCGGCAGCGGCGGAUGUUAGCAUGGAAAGCGGGAGAAAAAGUGUCCAUGAUGCUACACAGGUGCAAAAUUCUCGCGUAGACGACAUCAAAGCGUCACCGCAGGGUAGCGGCUCACCGGCUGGCGCUGCACAACAAUCGCCACAGGAUCGCGCUGCUGCAAGGCGUGCGGAAUUACGACGACUUGAACAAGAGCGACGACGACGUGAAGCGAUGGCUGGUCAAAUCGACAUGAAUAUGCAAAGUGAUCUGAUGGCGGCCUUUGAAGAAUCGCUUUAAUAAAUAAAAAAAACCCAGCAGUGUUGUAGAGUAAACUCAAUUUAAAAAGAAUUAAAAACGAAAAACAGUUAGUGCUAGCCUAAAAUAAUGCAGGUUUGUGAUCAAUAUAUUAAUAAUGAACGUUGAAAUUCAGCGUAAAAGAAUUGAAAAACAAACGGGGAUACCAAUACGAAUCCCUUAGUUCCAUGCAGAGGUGUUAAAGUCUAAAGGAAGCAGCGAUUGGAGCGGUUCAAGUUAACUUCACAAUGAAUCCACAUAAACUAGUGAAACCAAACGGCGUUUCAAUGCUGGUGGUGUAUAAAUGUUUUAUAUGUAUACAUACACACAUAUAUAUGUUUGACUACGAAACGAAUAUGAAGGGUAUACCUGUAUAUGUGCGCGGAGCAGUCAAAAGGAAUGAUAAUGCAUUAAAAUAUAAUUAAUUUUUACUAGUACGUAAGUUAAAGCAUAAUAACGGGACGAUGAUGUUCAAACCGAAUGAAGAAAUAAAAAUAAUAAAAAAGGAAAGAAGAAGCAGUAAGCGAGAA